GCCCCUGACUUAGGUUCAAGAUGGCGCUGCCGCCCUCGCGGAGGACCUGGCGGUGGCGCCGGCAAAACUCCCGGAUGCCUCAGGCAGGACAGUCUGCACCCUCCACCCUUUCUCUCGCGGCCGCCUGUCACGGCCCAUGGGCUCGUGACCCUCUUCGGUCCCGCGAGAGUAAGAGUUUUUGAUCAGGCGCGCUGCGGACAGCCGCUCCCGGGGCUCCUUGCGUCCCGGGGGCCUCCCGGGACCUCUGAAUAAGAUGGCGGCGGAGGGGUCCGUGAGGCGCGGGUGGCGCCGACCGCGGCGCCAGUGAGGGGUCCGGGGACCCUGGCAGCUCCGGACCUGGGCCUCGUUGCGGGACGGACCAUGCUACGUUCCACUGGCUUCUUCCGGGCCAUCGACUGCCCCUAUUGGUCUGGGGCGCCCGGGGGUCCUUGCCGGCGGCCCUACUGCCAUUUCCGGCACCGCGGGGCCCGGGGCUCGGGCGCGCCCGGCGGCGGCGGAGCGACACUCCCCGCAGCAGGGCUUGGUUAUGACCCAUACAACCCAGAGCUGCCCAAGCCCCCCGUACAGAGGGAGAAUGGCGCCCUGGGCAGAGGGGAUGAGCCCCGCUCGGACAUCCUGGAGCUGGAGCUGGUCAACCAGGCCAUUGAGGCUGUACGCUCCGAGGUGGAGAUGGAGCAGCGGCGGUACCAGGAGCUCCUGGAGACGGCGCGUGAGCACAUCCCAGCCGAGGUCCCAGCCCUGGUGCCCCACAGCCCAGCCGCCAACCUGGACGAGGACACCUUCCCUCUGUCCUUUGAUUACAACCCUGGUGGCAGCAACCUGUUAAACCCCGACGCCAGCUACCAGCCCACCCCGCUGGCUUCCCCUGCCGAGCCGGGCAGUAAGUACUCGCUGGCCUCUCUGGACCGGGCUCAGGGUCACAGUGGAGGGGGCAGCGGCACCUUGGAGUAUGUCCCCAAGGCCGUGAGCCAGCCCCAGCGGUAUAACCGCCCAGUCUCCAGUGGCAAGUACGUGGUGGAUGACUCCAAGCCGUCCACGGACCUGGAGUACGAUCCGCUGUCCAACUUCUCCGCCCGGCUUCUUAGCAGGGCCAGCUCCAAGGACGACCGGGCCCCCAAGCGGCCCCGGGGCUCCCGUGGCAGCAGCGAGCCCUACACGCCCGCGCUCAAGAAGCCCUGCGACCCCUUUGGUGGCUGUGAUGCCAGGUUCUCUGAUUCAGAUGAUGAUGCUACCACAGCUCCAGGGGACAGGCCUACCACCGCCAGCCCCCCAAGGGCUCGGGCAGGCACCAAGAGCAAGGGCCCUGGGAAGCUGGACUCCAGGGAGGUUCAGGAGACUGAGGAGGGCGGCCUGCGGGAGACCAAGGAAAUGGCUGUGCAGUAUGAUGUGGGGGACCUCGGGCAGCCUCUCAAGGGACCCGGUGGGGUGUCCCUGGCCAAGUCUGACUCCCUAGCCAGGGCCUUGCAAGAACACAGAGGACCUAAGGAAGGAAAACCCAAGAAAAAGAAAAGUGGGGUGCCACUGGCCUCUGGCCCCAAGGACAGUGUCCGGAAGACAGACAGGGGUAAGGACAGAGAACAUGGGAGGCCCCGUGCGGACAAGAGGGGCUCACAGGCCAGCAGCGCCCGGCGCAGGGUAGAGCUGCCUCAAGGGACCAAGAAAAAGCCAUCUCUGGCCACCUUGGUGGCCAGCUCAGGGAAAGUCCGGCCUGACUGGCCGGGGCCAAGCCCCAUACAUGGGGACACCCCCCAGCUGCCAGACAGGACGGGCAGGAAGACCCCACCAGGGAAACUCGCAGAGCGGAAGGCCCGCUCGCUGGACGAGGGCGCCUCCCAGGCCACCCGUAAUCUGCAGACAAGGGCCUUAAGCCAUGCAGAACUCUUUGGGGACGAGAGCGAGGACGAGGACCAACGGUCCAGGACACCUGGACUGCGGUCCUCUGCCAUCCCCAGUCUCAGCUCCAGCUCAGACUCCGACUCCGACUCCAGCCUGGGCCUCUCAGCCAUGUGGUGGCCACACAAGCGCCUCAAGGCCUCCCUGCCCCCCUCAGUUGACCAGGCUGGUCAGGCCUCCCUCUCGUCCUCCUCCUCCUCCUCCCCCUCCUCCUCUGCCUCCUCCUCUUCCUCCUCCUCGGGGGCGGGCACAGACGUGGACUAUUCAGCCCUGGAGAAAGAGGUUGACUUUGACUCGGACCCCAUGGAGGAGUGCCUGCGUAUUUUCAAUGAGUCCACCUGCGUCAAGACAGAGGACAGGGGCCGGCUGGCCCAGCAGCCCCCCAAGGAAGAGAAGGCCGAGGACAAGGAACAGUCGGGUCAGACCACUUUGUUCCCUGGGCAAAAGAGGAGGAUCUCUCAUCUGUCUAAGCAUGGCAAGGAGCUGGAGCCCGUGAGGAGAGGCCCGGCACCCCCUGUCCGGCCACCAACCGCCCAGGAGGUGUGCUACAGGCGGGCUCAGCAGGCACAGAGGGAGUCGGCCAGUUGGCUCCAGGCUGCCCAGCGGCCAGCCGAGAAGCUGUCUUCUGUCCACAUCUCAGCCCCGGGUGAGAAGAGGAGGAUAGCCCACGUCCCCAACCCCCGCCUGGCUACAGCCCCCACAGGUGCCAAGAGGACCCUUGCGGCCAGCAGCAGCCAGCCUCCCAAUGGUCUCGAGCCAGGCAGCCAGCCCUUGAAGACACGCACGCUGUCGGGCAUGGCAUCCAAAACCACCAACACCGUCACCCCCAAGCGCGUGGCGCACAGCCCAUCUUUACAGAGUCUAAAGAAGCCCAUUAUCCCAAAAGAGUUCGGGGGCAAAGUCCCCACUGUCAUCCGCCAACGAUACCUCAACCUGUUUAUUGAGGAAUGUCUCAAGUUCUGCUCCUCCAACCAGGAAGCCAUAGAGAAGGCGCUGAACGAGGAGAAGGUGGCAUAUGACCGCAGCCCUAGCAAGAACAUCUACCUGAAUGUGGCCGUGAACACCCUCAAGAAGCUGCGGGGCUUGGUGCCCAGCACUGUGCCAGGUCUCAGCAAAACCAGUGGCCGGAGGGUUGUGUCCCAUGAGGUAGUGCUGGGGGGCAAGCUGGCCGCCAAGACCAGCUUCUCAAUCAGUCGCUCGAGCAGCCCCCGGGUUGAGGAUCUGAAAGGGGCCACCCUGUAUGGCCGCCUCAAAGAAUACCUGCUCACCGAGGACCAGCUCAAGGAGAACGGCUACCCCUUCCUGCACCCUGAGCGACCAGGGGGUGCUGUCAUCUUCACUGCUGAGGACAAGCCCCCCAAGGACCCCUCUUGUAGGGUCUGCUGCCGCUGUGGCACGGAGUAUCUCGUGUCCCCCUCUGGCCACUGUGUACGGGAAGAAGAAUGUUACUAUCACUGGGGGCGGCUCCGGCGAAACCGAGCGGUUGGUGGCUGGGAGACUCAGUACAUGUGCUGCUCGGCUGCCAUCGGCUCUGUGGGCUGCCAAGUCGCCAAGCAACACGUGCAGGACGGACGCAAGGAAAAUCUGGAAGGGUUCGUGAAGACCUUUGAUAAAGAGCUUCCAGAAGAUGCUCACCCCGGAAUCUACGCCCUCGACUGUGAAAUGUCCUACACCACAUAUGGCCUGGAGCUGACACGCAUCACAGUGGUGGACACCGACAUGCAGGUCGUUUACGACACCUUCGUCAAGCCAGACAAUGAGGUCGUCGACUACAACACGAGGUUUUCGGGGGUAACCGAGGCUGACCUCGCUGACACAAGCAUCUCACUCCGGGACGUCCAGGCUGUCCUGCUGAGCUUGUUCAGUGCCGACACCAUCCUCAUUGGACACAGCCUGGAGAGUGACCUGCUGGCUUUGAAGGUCAUCCACAGCACUGUGGUGGAUACUUCUGUGCUCUUCCCUCACCGCCUGGGCCUCCCCUACAAGCGCUCCCUGCGGAAUCUCAUGGCUGACUACCUCAGACAGAUCAUCCAGGACAAUGUGGACGGCCACAGCUCCAGUGAGGAUGCCAGCGCCUGCAUGCACCUGGUGAUCUGGAAGGUUCGAGAAGACGCCAAGACCAAGCGGUGACUGCCGCCCACCCGCCUCCUGCCUCUCCCGCUGCCCUGGCCCAUCCUCUAGUCCCAGGCCUCUUCCAAAACAGUGCAAUAAAUCUCGAGAGCUAACCCUAUCCACGUGGCCAAGACUGGAGACCCAGCACCCUCAAGGCCCCUCAUGUUCUCCCUGCCUCUUUGUCCCAGACCUCUGUCUUCUAGAGACUGCUGCUGACUCGACGACAGGCCUCGGCCGGGACCACCCGCCCGGCACACAAGCUGGGCCCUGCUGUGUCCCAGUCACUGAAACCACCUGCUCCUCGCCCCUUACCUACCUGCCAGGGUAUCACAUGGGCCAAGUGGGCUUGUUGUGGGUUUGUUUAGACAGGGGUUGUCUUUUUUUUUUUGUAUUGUUAUUUUUAUUACUUUUAAUUUAAACCUGAUGACUUGCGCAGUUGUCUUCCCCCACCCGGAGGAGUAAGACCCUGGUGCUGCCUUCCCUCCUGGGGGAUGGGGUGGAGGGGGGUGGGAGUGGUCACCCAGCGCCUUGACAGCUACCAGGACCCAAGAGUCCAGCCCAGCCUGGGCCUAGGUGGGUGGGAACUGGCCUCCCCCAGCCCACCCCAACACCUUGACCUCUGGGAACCGAGCCAGCCCCUCCCCCAGCCCCCAGGGCCUGGCCCUCCAGAUGCUCCCAGGCCCUCAGCCUCUGGACACUUCCCAUUGGAGCUUCGCCUCCCCUGGGGGCUGUCUGUCAAGGCCCACAGCCCCGCCCCCCAGUAUCCUGAGUCCCUCUCCUCUACCCCCAGGCAGGGACAAUAAAUGUUUGUAUGGAUUUUA